AGAAUUUAUUGCCAAAAAAGCUUAUACUCUUUUCAAUUCAAAAAUUCCCGCCUGUUCUAGAACACGACACAACCGGAAACGAGCGUCAAACGUCGAAACGUCAAUCAAAAAACAAAUGAGUAAUCAGAAAUGGCGCCUGCUGUCGUAAGUGAAGUAAUUUUAAAAUAAAAUCGUAUUUACUCAUUCACUGUCACUCAUUCUCGGGUUUUUCCAAUUUCAAGCACACUGAGUACAACUAAACAAGCAAAAUAAGAGCGGCUAGCGAAAAGCGAGUAUUCCCAACUGGAAGACAUGAGUGUGGACGCGUAUGGGCCCAGUUCUCAAACCCUCACGUUUUUGGACACCGAAGAUGCAGACCUGAUAGGGGCUGACACCCAGGGAUCAGAAUGCGAUUUCACCGAUUUUACAAUUCCCUCUCAAACGCAGACCUCCCAGCAUGAUCAUGCAGGCCCCAAAGUUACUGGUGUACAGAUAAACAACAGUUUUGAGAAGAAAUUAGCUUCAACAUCAAAUGCUCUUGGAGAGCUACAGUUUGAAGAAGAAGAUGAAGAGGGCUAUUUUAACGCAAAGGAACUUCCUGACUAUGCCUGCAAAUAUUGUGGUAUCCAUGAACCCAAUUGUGUGGUUAUGUGCAAUCUUUGCAAGAAGUGGUUUUGCAAUGGAAGAGGAAACACUAGCGGAAGCCAUAUCAUCAACCACUUGGUGAGAGCAAAACACAAGGAAGUAACCCUUCACAAAGAUGGUCCUUUGGGAGAAACUGUUCUUGAAUGUUACAGCUGUGGAGUUCGUAACGUUUUUGUUCUUGGCUUCAUACCAGCUAAAGCAGAUUCAGUUGUUGUACUGCUAUGCAGGCAACCAUGCGCUGCACAAAACUCUUUGAAGGACAUGAACUGGGACCAAGAUCAAUGGAAACCUCUUAUCUCUGACAGAUGCUUCCUGACUUGGCUAGUAAAAAUUCCUUCAGAACAAGAACAGCUGCGUGCAAGACAGAUAUCGGCUCAACAAAUCAAUAAACUGGAAGAGUUGUGGAAAGAGAACAUUGAUGCAACUUUCCAGGAUUUGGAGAAACCUGGUGUUGAUGAAGAACCACAACAAGUCUUAUUAAGAUAUGAAGAUGGCUACCAAUACCAAAACAUCUUCGGGCCUUUGGUGAAACUGGAAGCUGACUAUGACAAACGUCUAAAGGAGUCCCAGACUCAGGAAAACAUUGAGGUGCGAUGGGACACUGGUUUGAACAAGAAGACAAUCGCUUACUUCACACUUGCGAAGACCGACGGCGAUAUGAAGCUGAUGCAUGGAGACGAGUUGAAGCUGCGGUAUGUUGGGGAGAUGCACAAGUCCUGGAGCGGAGUGGGACACGUCAUUAAAGUACCGGAUAAUUAUGGAGAGGAUAUUGGUAUAGAGCUGAAGAAUGGUUCUGGAGCACCUGUAGAUUGUAAUAGCAAUUUUGUGGUGGAUUUUAUAUGGAAAAGCACCAGCUUUGAUCGGAUGCAAUUGGCAUUGAGAAAAUUCGCCGUGGAUGAUUCUUCCGUCUCUGCAUACAUUUACCAUAGACUUUUGGGACACGAAGUGGAGGAAGUUCUGUUCAGAUGUCAUUUACCAAAGCAUUUCUCUGCACCGAAUCUGCCAGAUUUGAAUCGAUCGCAAGUUUAUGCUGUGAAACACGCAUUGCAAAGACCUCUUUCUUUGAUUCAAGGACCUCCUGGAACUGGUAAAUCAGAAGAAUGCUUUUGACCAGGAUUAAGAACUUUUUUCGAGAAUCCCAAUAGAUGACCAAGAUUAUUCGGUUCUGUAAAAACUAUUUUAUAAUACUUGC